AUGCAUCCCAGUCCACCCGGAUACUAUAGUGGCACCAUUUUAAAUCUUUUUGGCCUUGUAAGUAUAUAUUCAUCUGUCAGCUGCCCAGCAGGAACAUUUAAGAAUAGUUCAGGUAUUGGACCGUGUACUGUUUGUCCACAAGAAAGAAAAAAUACAGGUAAUACAGGUAUUCAAUAUGACUGGUGUCAAAAAACAUCAUUUUGUACACUAGGCCCAGUAAAUUAUGUCAAUUAUUCUAUAAUUGAAAAUAUUAAUAAUUCCCAAGCUUAUCCAAAGUCACCUGAUAAUAGCAUAUUUGAUGAUGUUUUAAUUCAAAAUAUGUUUAGGAUAGGUAGUACUAGUCAUUACAGUGUUGUAAGUCUUCUGUUGUGGACAUCCAUUAUAAUUGUUCUUUCUAUUCUUAUUCUCAUUAUUAUGGGUGCAUUAACAUUCUUUCCUACCAAGGAAAAGCAUCGAAUAUUGAUUAAAAAAAUAUUUAAACAAUUAGAUCUUGUAGGUGAAGGUGAACUUUGGAUUCGAGGCUUAAUAUCGUUUGGUAUUAUUGUCUUAGUUUCAUUUGCUUACUGGUUUAGUAAUUAUUAUUUGAAACAAUAUCCAAUUGAAAAGUCAGGCGAUUCAACAUUUGCUUGUGAUACUAGUAUGCGUAAUGCAAAAGGACGGGUAUCGGUUUCUGCUGGAAAAUGA